GCAAAUUCGCCAGACUUGAAUCCAAUCGAAACAUUUGGAAGGUUUUUGAAGGACAAUAAUCAAAAUUAUGAGGAAUGGGAGUUGAUGUCUGUUUUUGAAGAGGUUAUUGCCUCAAUGCCAAGGGAGAUUGAUGCAGUAAAGGCAAAUGGAGCGCCGACAAAAUAUUAA